GCGGCGGGCGGCGGUGGCGGCGGGACCGAUGGCGGCGGCACGGAGGACGGCGGGGCCGAUGGCGGGGGCGGCCCGGCCCCGGCGGCGGCCCCGGGGCGCGCCCAGGUGUUCAGCACCGUGGUGGACACGUUCCUGCAGAAGCUGGUGACCGCCGCGAGCUACCAGAGGUUUGUCAGCUGCUACCGCUGCGUCUACAAACUGCAGCCGCAGCUGACCCGGAGCAUCUACGAUCAGUUCAUCUCCCAGCUACAGGCGUGCGUGAAGGAGGAGAUCCAGGAGGUGAAAAAUGAAGGGAAUCUGGAGGAGCUCUUCAGUUCCCUGGAUAAGAUCGUGGAGGAGGCGAAGGACCGGGAAGAGCCAGCGUGGCGGCCCAGCGGGAUCCCGGAGCAGGACGUGCGCAGCGACCUGCUGCCCUACCUGCUGCAGCACCGCGCCCACCUGCGCAGGGCGCUGCGUGACAGGGAGCAGCGCAGCAGCGCGGCAGCGGAGGCCGUGCUGGCGGGCAGGGACAGGAUUGCAGAGCUGCAGCAGCUGAUCCAGGCUCGCCAACAGGCCUGGCAGGCAAGCAGUAAGGAGCAACGAGAACUCAUCAUGACAUUCCAGGAGCCCCAGUGAGGCCACAGAUGUCCCACAGGCUCUGCUGAGACAAUUCAGUGUCCCAAAGCACUGAUGGGACAAGGUGUGUGCAGAACCCAAACUGAGAAUUACCCCAUCAGGCCACUGGAGAUGCAGAGGGACUGAAACAGCUGCUGGACUGGCACGGUUUGAUCAGAUUUGGUGCAGAAACAAAAAACCAUUGAGAUCUUUGGAAAUAGAUGGCAAUUCCUUAUUUCCUACUUAGCUAAACAGUGGAAUGUCACAAAGUGUGUCUGUGCUCUCAUCUGCUCCACUCAGUGCUGUGACAGGCCUGAUUUCAGUUCCCAAAGCCACAUUUGGGGUUUUGUAGCUGUUUCAGCUGUUCAUUAGACAAAAUUCAGUGCCUUAAGCCAGGCUGUGCCCAGGUCUGAGGAGCCCAUAAGGAGCACGAGUGGGUCACAGCCAACACUCCUGCCUGUGCUUGCAGGUUCAUUCAGUCUCCCUGUGUUCAGACCCUGCCUGUUGCAGAUGUGGCAGCAGCUGCUGCACCAAGUUCUCGUUCCCAUUCAUCCUGUUCUCCAAGUUGUUUUCUAGCCUUGGUCCCCUCCCAGCAGCCUGAGGUAUCUGGGGAUCUGUGCAGAGCUUGGAACGGCCCUGCCUCUGCUUUGUGGGUUUGUAGCACAGGGUUUUAAUGUUUUUCUAGAGCCAGACUGGUUUUCCCCACCCAGAGUUGUUUGUUGCUGCCUCGUCUGUUUGUGGACUGGGGAAGCAAAGGCUCCCAGGACAUCCCUGGCUGAGCCCCACCAGUGACGUGUGCCUGCAGCGUGGACAGGCUGUUCAUGGGGCUGUUCAUGGGGCUGGGCAGGGCGUGAGGAAGGUUCCCUGGGCUGAGUCCGGGCUGCUGGCGCCCUGGUCUGUACCCGAAGGAGAGGCCCUGUGCUGGGACACACUCUGGAGGGGCAGUGGCCACUCGUGCCCCAUCCUCUGUAAGCAAUUGGAGCUGCACAGUGGCUGCAGCAGUUCCCCUCUGCCUCCCCCCGCUCUGCUGGAAUCUCAAUAAAUUGGGGCUGUUGUUCCA